AAGAAGCUAAGAUUAAAUAGAUCCGAUCUGAAGACUUGGAGAGAGAGAGAGAGAGAGAUGGCAGAAUUGUUCAUUAAGCAGGCAGAGCAGUACGCAGAGGGUCGGCCUAGUUAUCCUCAACAAUUAUUUGAAUUCAUUGCUUCCAAGACAUCUUCUCACGAUCUUGCGUGGGACGUCGGCACCGGAAGCGGCCAAGCCGCCCGAUCUCUAGCUGGGAUCUACAAGAAUGUCAUAGCCACAGACACGAGCCCAAAACAGCUUUCAUUCGCGCCAAGGCUACCCAAUGUCAGAUACCAACUUACACCUCCCACCAUGUCUAGUGCCGAGCUUGAACGCAAUGUUGCACCUCAAUCAAGCAUUGAUGUUGUAACUGUUGCUCAAGCCCUCCAUUGGUUUGACCUCCCUAAUUUCUACCAACAAGUGAAGUGGGUACUCAAAAAACCUCAUGGUGUCAUAGCUGCAUGGUGCUACACCCCGCCAAAAGUUAAUGAUUCAGUCGACGCUAUCUUCAAACGCUUUCAUUUCGUUUCUGUGGACCCUCAUUGGGAUGCAUCACAUAAAUUGAUGGACGACAUGUAUAGGAACAUCGAUUUUCCAUUUGAGCCCAUGGAGGGAGCUGAUCAUACUGGGCCAUUUGAAUUUGUAGCAGAAAGAUUGAUGGAUUUAGAUGAUUAUUUUACAUUAUUUAGAUCGAGGUCAGCAUAUCAAAUAGCGAGGGAGAAGGGUGUAGAGCAAUUGAGCAAUGAUGUGAUUGAGGAAUUUAAGCAUGCUUGGAAUGAAGAUGGAUUGGACAAGAAGGUUGUUAAGUUUCCAGUUUAUCUGAGGAUUGGAAGAGUGGGGAAUUUGUAAAUCAAAACGCUAGUUUAGAUCUUAUAGGAAAUUGAAAAACCAUUCUGUUUCAAAGGAGUGUUAGUCUUGAAUCUUGAUGGAUCCAUUUCCUUUGUCAAUAAAAUUGGGAGCAAUAAAUUAGUUGUGUUUAUCACAUUGCCAUUGUAUACAAUCUAAUUCUGCUUU